AUGGAUUCCGACUCUGGCUCCACCUGCAGCCGCUCCGUAUCCCCAGACCUGGUGGUGGACGACUCUCCCGGGAGCUUCUUCUCCAACAAGAUGUUCCAACAAUACUGCCAAGAAAACAGAGCAGACAGCGAGGCAGGCCAGGGCAGGACGGAGCGCUGCAGUGGGGGCGGUAAGACCAAGACCAGGUCUGAGCCUAACAACAACGAGGUGCAAGAUCUUAGACUAAAGGUCAACAGUCGGGAGAGGAAAAGGAUGCAUGAUCUGAACCAGGCGAUGGACAGCCUGAGAGAGGUUAUGCCCUAUGCUCAUGGACCUUCAGUCCGUAAGCUGUCAAAAAUCUCCACUUUGCUGUUGGCUCGCAACUACAUCCUCAUGCUGUCCAGCUCCUUGGACGAGAUGAAGAAGUUGGUGGGGGAUGUUUAUGGAGGCAGUGCUGCUGCCCAGAGCCGCACUGCUGCUCCCCACCUCCCUCUGCAUCCUCUGGCCCAGUCUCUGCACUCUCUGGUGGCCAGCACGCCUUCAGCUCUCCAGCAUCACUCACCUUCUCCAGCUACAGCCCUGCACUCCCCUCCAUCCGCCAGCUUCCUGGGUUUUCAUGCUCCAGUCCAGGGCCUUCUGAAGGACCCCCUCCACCUGGCCAGCUCCUACAGGCACUUCCCCGGCAUGCCCUGCCCCUGCUCACUCUGCCAACCUUUGCCCACCACAUUACACAGCCUGGCUAUGACCAAGUGA